UUUCUGUAGGGCAGAUGAGGCUCCCGGACCAUGUAAAGCUGAAACUAAACUCCUCUAGACGAUAAGCUGUUUUGAUUAUUAUUUCUUCAUUAUUUUUGAUUGUUCAAAGACCGCUAUAGCAUGUAGAAUGGGGAUCGGUGCUUUAUCAUGAAACUCCGCGCGAAGUAUGACAGAAAGGCAUAUAUCGAGUACAGAAGAGUUCUUUAACUGACAGAUUUAUCUGAUCUGAUGCAGCCCAAACCUAGCCCACAAGAGGGGAAUGAGCUGUCAUUAAACCUGCAGCCAGAGCUGCUCGACGGGAUGCCUGGGGCUGGAACGUCCAAUGGUCUGGAAACUGGCGAGGAUGUCCGGGUUCCCAUGACCAGCUCGUCUGGGCCGACAGGUGGAAGAGGUGCGACCUCGAGGAGGGUGAGAGCAGCCAGCCACAGCCACUCUCAUUCACACGUGCACGGGCACACACGCGGCAAUCAGGAGUCUGACAGUGGCGAGACUGACCUGGAAUCCGGAGAAUCCAGCAGCUCAUUAUCGGAGCUGCGUUACAUCCUGCGCUGGGUCAAGAAAAGUCUUCCCUUCAUCAUUAUUCUGUGCGCAAAACUAGUCAUUCAGCAUGCUCUGGGUCUGGCUGUUGCAGUUGGUCUGUUUACCACUUUUAUGUAUGUCAACAAAAGCAUUCAAACGCAAGUAUUUCUCCACGACCGAAGGACAAAGUUGCACUGUGCCUGGCUCAUGCUGUUCCUCAUGUCCUCUAGUCUCCUUGUGUUUUACACUUUUUACACUCAGUCACUUUAUCGAUGCCUCAUCAUUGCCAACCCGACAAUUGAUUUCCAAAAUUUCUGGGAGGUUUUGUGGUCUGUUGGUGUGAGUAAUUUCAUUGUGAAGUUUGUCUUCAUGGGGCUCAAGUGUCUUAUUCUCCUCGUCCCCUCCCCCCUCAUGGCGUACCGGCGUAGAGGUCAGUGGUAUAUGCUUAUUGAGGAGGUGGGGCAGGUGUAUCAAGUGAUUGCUCCGGUCCCACUCUGGUUCCGCUACCUGGUCAGCUAUGAUGAGAUGGACACCUCAGUUGGACUUACUUUGGGAAUCUUGCUGGCUUUGAUCUACCUCAUAAUGAAGCUUUUAGGACUGUACGGACAAUGGGGAUCUUUACAGAAAACUUUCCGGUCAUUUUUCAGUUAUGAGUUGAAUGGAGCCCCAGCCAGUCUGGCUCAGUGCAGGGAUGCAGGAGACAUUUGUCCGAUCUGUCAGGCUGAUUUUAAGCAACCUCGGGUCCUCGUGUGUCAGCAUAUCUUCUGUGAGGAAUGCAUAGCACAGUGGUUUAACCAGGAAAAGACCUGUCCCCUCUGCCGCACUGUUAUCACAGACAAGGUGCACAAGUGGAAAGAUGGUGCAACUUCAGCUUAUUUACAAAUCUACUGAACAUGCUACUCACUGUGAGGAUGAAGACACAGUGUUCUUACAUGUUGAGACAGACUUGUUCUGACCAGCAGCAGAUUUGCACAGUGCAAAAAUGGCUCAUAUCAAACAUCUCCACGUCUUUGUUGCGAGAUCGCAAAGUUGAGAAUGCAGCACUUGUUACAGGGCCAUAGUCACUGGAGUAAUGACAGCUAUCUCUAGGUUGAGAGAUGCAUUUGAUUUUUUUGUAUAGAUAAAUCUUGUCAGAAAAACAAAUGUGCUCACCAGCUGUUUGUAUUAUUAUUAUUGCAUGUGGAGCUCCCUUAUCAUUUAUUAGCCAUUAUAAUUUAUAUUCUUCAUUGUGGUUUUGCAUGCCAUCUUUGGUUUGACUAAUUUCUCGACUUUUUACAGCAUUUUUGGCUAUAAGUGGUAAAACUUUAUUUUCUUUUUCUUAAGGUGAGGACAAAUGGAUUUCUUUUAUAUGAAAGAUAUUCUUUGUAGUUACAGUUUUGUCACAACUCAUCUAUUAAUCCUUAUCACAAGGAGUUUGAAAGAAUGCUGGCAUUUCAAACUUUGUUUUUCCCUUUUAAAGUAUUUUGAUUUAUUCAGUAAUAAUCUAAAUUAAAAGGCAUGUUUAAGUUUUCCAGGAUGUUAAUUCCACAUGCCCACUACUGAUUUAUUAAGGAUGUAGCAUUAGAAUUGUAUGACUGUGAUUUUAUUAUCAAGACCAGUGACUGAAGAGCAGAUGUUUGUCAAAUUUGCAUCAACAAAAUGUAAUUCAGGCUCUACUGUACACAGAUUCAUGGUAUUUUUCUAAUGUUUGCAAUAAACCAAAGAGUUUAG